AUCCACUUAAGAAGAAUUGGAUGGAAAUAGAUGAAAGUGCCAAAGGCUGUAGCUCUCAACAACAUAAUAUCAAAGUGAAAAUGUCCUCAAACAGUGUACAUCAACGCAUCUAUGACAAGAACAAUUACUGUCUUUACUGUGAGAAGCCUUAUGCAAAAAUCGCAAGACAUCUACAGCAGAAACAUUCUGGAAAAAUUGAAGUUGCAAAGGCACUGGCACACAACCGAGGCUCAACCAAGCGUAAUCUUUUAUUAUCUAAAGUAAGGAACAUGGGAAACUACCACCAUAACUGUUCAGUCCUAACCUCUGGGAAAGGAGAGAUCGUACCAAAAAGACAAGCAACUUGUAAGUCAACAGCAAUGGACUAUCUGCCUUGCCAGUUUUGCUUUGCUAUGUAUGUUAAAACAGAUCUCUGGAGACAUCACAAACGUUGCAAAUUACGAAUUAAAGUAAAAGAGAAUAUGCCAGUGAAACGAAAAAUUCAGGCAAGUUGUUCUCUGUUGUUGCCCAUGGACUCUAAAAUUUCCAGUGGACUUAAACAAAUUCUUGGAGACAUGACAUAUGACAAUGUUACUCAAGUGGUAAAAUCUGACCCGUUGAUUUUGGCACUGGGUGAAAGAAUGUUCCUCAAAAACGGAGAAGUUUCACGGCACCGGGCAGACAUUAGAAACAAGAUGAGAGAACUUGCCAGACUACUUCUAGUGACAAGAACUAUUGACAAAGACAUUGUUACUUUGAAUGACUUGAUCAACCCAGGAAAGUUCAACACAGUACUUGAGGGAGUAAAAAAGAUGACUGGAUUUGAUAACUUAACAAACCGAUUCUUAAUCCCUUCAACAGCACUAAAGCUGCGCCAUUCCCUUGUGAAAGUGUCAUUUAUUUUGCAAGGAGAGGCUUUACGCCAAGAGGAUGAUGCCUUGAAGCGAAGAGCAGAGCAAUUCAGUAAAUUAAUUGAACUGGAAUGGACAAUUCAUGUUUCAUCCAAUGCACUGAAAACCUUAUACCAGAAAAAGUGGAACAGUCCACAAAUGCUGCCUUUAGCAGAAGACAUAAAGAAGCUCCAGGAUCAUCUAAAGCGCCUUGAGGAGGUCAACAAAAAAGCACACAUUGCCCACACAUCACAAAGGUCAUGGAGUGAUCUCUCUCAGGUGACUCUAGCACAGCUGAUAUUAUUCAAUCGGCGCAGAGAAGGUGAGGUUUCUAGGAUGGAAGUUGAAACAUACCUGCAGAGAAAUAAACACAUGAUUCAGGAUGAAAUUAUGGAGAGCCUGACACCUUUUGAGAAGAAACUAUGUAAGAAUCUCACCAGAGUAGAGGAACGGGGGAAACGAGGCCGCAAAGUACCAGUACUAUUUCCAACAAAUGUCACAGAAUCUGUGGAACUUCUGAUUAAAACUAGAGAAGAUUCUGGGAUUUCCCCUAGCAAUCCCUAUAUAUUUGCUCGUCCUUUUUAUGGAUCACAGGAGAGCAUCCGUGGGUGUGACUGCUUAAGGCGAUUUGCAGAAAGCUGUGGGGCUAAACAUCCAGAAAACAUUACAUCUACAAAGUUGAGAAAACAUGUAGCCACAGUUUCUCAGCUACUUAACCUACAGACACAUGAACUAGACCAACUAGCAACUUUCAUGGGUCACAACAUUGCCGUCCAUAGGGAGUUUUACAGACUGCCUGAAGAAACCUUGCAAGUGGCAAAAGUGAGCAGAAUUCUUUUUGCCCUGCAAAGUGGAAUAGGCAAAUUUAAAGGAAAAUCUCUGGAGGACAUAACUCCAAACAUCAACUUUGAAGGGGACUCCAGCAACUCAGAUACAGAGGAUGAAACAUCUAAAAAAAGGAUGCCAGAGGAUGAUCAUUCUGAAAAAAGGGCUGCCACCUCAAUAAAGAAGAGCAGCCUCAAGAGAGGCAGUUCCAUACCUUAGUAUAUCACCACUGCCAUUAAAUAAA